AUGGUCUAUGAAUCGCAGAUAUCCUUUACCUUGGAUACCAUAUGUCCCUGGACAUACUUGGCGAAGAAAAGACUUGACAUAGCUCUGAAGCAGUUCCGCUCCUCUCCUUCAGCCGAAGAUGUAAAGUUCACGGUCAAAUACUUUCCCUAUCAGCUCUAUCCAGAGGCUAGCAAUCAAGGCGAGGACAAGUAUGAGUGGUACAAGACAACAAAAUACAACAACUCCGAAGAGCAGAUGAGGAAGUACACUACUCUGAUGUCCGCCUACGGCGUCGGCGUCGGCAUCGAUUUCAAGUUCCACGGAAUGGUGGCCAACACCCUGAGCGCACAUCGCUUGAUCCAACACUUCCAGGAGGAAAUGGGACCCGAGACCGCAGACAAGAUCGUCGAUUCCCUGUACAGGCAGUACUUCGAAGAGGAAGCGCAUCCCGCGGCGCCGACCACGCUGCUUCAAGCCGCUCUGGACGGCGGUGUCGAGCGUUCAAAGGCCGAGGCGUUCGUUGGAGAUGAUUACGAAGCGCUGCCAGAGACCAAGCUGCUGAUUAGAGAGCAGGCGAGCAAUGGCAUCGACGCCGUGCCAUAUGUGGUGUUGGAGGGCAAGAGAAGAGACUUUACACUGGAGGGUGCAAAGGAAAUGGAUGAGUAUCUGAAGGAGUUCGACAGGGUGGUCAAGGAGUCGAAAUGA